CGGCUCCACCAAUUUAUUGUGUUCCAUCUAUUGACACGAUUUUGCCUUCAUUUGUAACAUACACACGUUUUGUAUGUCUUUGUAGCCAAGUCAAGAUUGGCCCUUUGUUGUACUCAUGCCACCACCCAACACUAGCGUAUAACAAAAGUUUUUUCUCGUAUUUUCUCUUUCACCCUUCCGAUCAACCAAACUGCGACUCUCCAUUCAUAAUUCGCAUAUUUUCCUAACCAACUUCUCCUAAACCUUUCUCAGAAUAUAUACUCUACAUAUAUAUAAUCCAUUCUCUAUCAUCUCUCUUAACAAGCAGCUUCACUGAACCCGAUCGAAGAGCCACAGUCUUAAUCACACACCAAGCCCUUUUCUUCAAUCUCACAUCACAUGGAAACCCUACUUCUCCUCUUCACCCUAACUGCAGCUGCCUCUGCAUAUCUUCUCUGGUUCUAUCUACUUUCAAGAAAAUUGACCGGUCCCAAAGUAUGGCCUCUUUGCGGAUCUCUUCCUGCUCUCUUCAUGAACCGGAGAAGAAUCCACGACUGGAUCACCGGGAAUCUCCGUGAAACAGGUGGCGCCGCCACUUACCAAACUAGUACGAUCGCCAUUCCUUUCUUUGCUCUCAAACAAGGGUUCUAUACAGUCACUUGUCACCCGAAAAAUAUCGAGCACAUUCUUCGAACCCGGUUCGAUAAUUACCCCAAAGGUCCUACGUGGCAGACCGCGUUCCACGAUUUGUUAGGGGAAGGAAUUUUCAAUAGUGAUGGUGACACGUGGCUUAUUCAACGCAAGACUGCAGCUCUUGAGUUCACGACCCGGACUUUGAGACAAGCCAUGGCUCGCUGGGUUAACCGAACCAUCAAGAAUCGGUUAUGGACGAUUUUGGAUAAAGCGGCUAAAGAGAAGGUACAUGUGGACUUACAGGAUUUGUUGCUUCGUUUAACGUUUGAUAACAUUUGUGGGCUCACUUUCGGAAAAGAUCCGGAAACCCUCUCGCCGGAUCUAUCCGAUAACCCGUUUUCGCUUGCAUUUGACACCGCCACUGAAGCAACUCUUCAACGUCUCCUGUAUCCGGGGUUUUUGUGGAGAUUGGAGAAGUUUUUCGCUUUUGGAGCUGAGAAGAGAUUGAGAAAAAGCCUUCAAGUUGUCGAAAAUUACAUGGACGAUGCCAUAGCAACGCGUAAAUUGUCUCCGUCAGAUGACUUGCUGUCGCGAUUCAUGAAGAGAACGGACAUUAACGGCAACCACUUCGCAACCUCCGUCCUCCAACGAAUUGCACUGAACUUUGUCCUGGCCGGACGUGACACGUCAUCGGUUGCUCUCAGCUGGUUCUUUUGGCUUGUCAUGAACAACCCUGAAGUUGAAGAGAAGAUCAUCAAAGAAAUAUCAGGCGUUCUCAGAGAGACACGUGGCGAUGACCAUAAGAAAUGGCUUGAGGAGCCUCUUGACUUCGAUGAAGCCGAUAAAUUGAUCUUUCUCAAAGCGGCUUUGGCGGAGACACUCCGGCUCUACCCAUCUGUGCCAGAAGAUUUCAAGUAUGUUGUCUCGGACGAUGUUCUGCCAGAUGGUACAUAUGUACCGGCCGGUUCAACUGUCACUUAUUCUAUCUACUCUGUUGGGAGAAUGAAGAGCAUAUGGGGUGAGGAUUGCAUGGAAUUCAAACCGGACCGGUGGUUGUCCCAAGAAGGUGACCGUUUUGAGCCCCCGAAAGAUGGUUAUAAGUUUGUGGCCUUCAAUGCUGGACCGAGGUCUUGUUUGGGGAAGGAUUUGGCUUAUCUGCAAAUGAAGUCCGUGGCUUCAGCUGUGCUGUUGCCUUAUCGGCUUUCGUUGGUUCCCGGUCAUCGCGUAGAGCAGAAGAUGUCUCUCACUCUCUUUAUGAAGAACGGGUUUCACGUAUACUUGCAUCCUCGUGUUCUUGCAUAAAAGGGGGGCCACUUUCGAUUGUCACUGUGAGCUGAUUUUAUAUUUCUCUAAAGUAAGAGGGGCAAUAUAGUUAUCAUGGUUGGGCUUUGUUGUCUUUAAUGCUAAUAAGUAAUGAAGGUUUUUUUUUUUUUUUAAUUUUAUCAUUUAGUGUUUUCUAUUUGGGCUGUUGUAUUAUAUAUAUAUGCAAACACACGCUCAUCUAAAUUGGAGAGCGCACAAAAUGUAAUUGGAAUUUAAGAUUGAAAGUUCUAUACCGUUAAAGUUCAUAUCAUUGGUAUCAA